AUGGCAGCAGAAAAUCUUUCCACAGUAACUGAGUUCAUCCUCGCUGGGUUAACAGAGAAACCGGAACUCCAGCUGCCCCUUUUCUUCCUCUUCCUAGUGGUCUAUGUGGUCACAGUGGUGGGGAACCUGGGCAUGAUCACACUGAUAGCGCUGAGUGCUCACCUGCACACCCCCAUGUACUACUUCCUCGGCAAUUUGUCCUUUAUUGAUCUCUGCCAUUCCACUGUCAUCACCCCUAAAAUGCUGGUGAACUUUGUGACAGAGAUGAACACCAUCUCCUACCCUCACUGCAUGACUCAGCUCUAUUUCUUCCUUGUUUUUGCCAUCUCAGAGUGUUACAUGUUAGCUGCAAUGGCUUAUGACUGCUAUGUUGCCGUCUGUAGCCCCCUGCUUUAUAAUAUCAUCAUGUUCUCUCAGGCUUGUUUCUCCCUGAUUUGGGGAGUGUAUAUUGUAGCACUGGUUUGUGCAUUUGUCCAUACAGGCUGCUUGUUUAGGGUUCACUUCUGCAAAUUUGAUGUGAUUAAUCAUUAUUUCUGUGAUCUUCUUUCCCUCUUAAAGCUCUCCUGUUCGAGUACCCAUGUCAAUGAAUUACUGAUUCUAGUUUUUAGUGCAAUUAAUAUCCUUGCCCCCAGUGUGACAAUCUCCUACAUCUUCAUCAUUGCCAGCAUUCUCCGCAUCCGCUCCACUGAGGGCAGCUCCAAAGCUUUCAGCACCUGUAGCUCCCACAUUUCAGCUGUUGCUGUUUUCUUUGGAUCUGCUGCAUUCAUGUACCUGCAGCCAUCAUCUCAGCCGAAAGAGAAAUCGAGAAACUGAUCCCGGUCUUCUGUGUUUUAUACUAUUGUUGUGCCCAUGCUGAACCCCCUGAUCUAUAGCCUGAGGAAUAAAGAUGUCAAUGUUGCCGUGAAGAAAAUGCUAGAGAGAAGAAUAUUCUUCUGA